AUGGUGACCCAACGCCAUGCCGCGUACGCGGAAGAGUCCGCCGAGGUGGCAGUUCUGUUUGCCAGCUUAGAUAAGAUGAAGUCGGUGUCGAAGAAGAUCCAAGGCUCCAUGGCUCGCUUGAAUGAGACAGGUCGGACUGUGCAAGAUGCGAUAGGGCCUAUUUACGGCAACACGCAACGUCUGCAGAUACAGAACAACAAUAUCGACAAGAUUCAGGCCGCAAUAGACAAGGUCAAGCAGCCACUGGACAUGCGGAAUAAGGAAGAGCGCAUUCUACGGAAUCGACCGGACAAAGUGGGCUUGACUGAGUACAUUGCCAGCAUUGACCGUACCAACCAAGCUCUGAAAUCACUGAAAGCGUCGAACAUGCGCUCAAAUCAAGUUGCGAUCUCAGAGUUGAGCAGUCUGCUGGCAGUGGGUACAGGCAAUCUGGAGAACGUGUUCAGGGACAUGCUGCGGCAAGAUUCACAACCAAUCGAGCCAUUGAAGCAGAUCACACAAGGACAGGACUUUCCCCGAAUAUCAUCGAACCAGUCUGCACAACUGCGAACCAUCAACACCAAUAUCUCGAACUUCACAUCACAAGUCGCACCAGGAACCGAUCUCACCCCUUCAGCGAAGGUAUACGCCCACGAAAGGGGACAGUACAUGUCACUGUCACUACAAAACCUGGCUACUGCGACAAUCUCCACGGCAAAGAAGGUGGCUGCUGAUGCAGUCUACAGACCAGGAACCUGUGCCAUCAUGACAUACGCUACUGGUAUACAGGGAAUGUACAUUGCCGAAUACGACAACAUAUGUCCGAUAUUCAGUCGAGAGGAGUGGGGAGCGGUUCUGUUGGCGACAUGUCAGGAAUCAUUAAGAACAUUCUCUUCUACACUGCGUGAUCUGGACGCUCACAUCAGGAACCACUUGAUCACUGACUGCUAUCUCGCAUACGAAAUCAUUGACGUGGUCUCCAACACAUCAUUCCAGAUCGAGAGUCAUACGGGCGAGCUGAAGCAUGCCAUUUCAGAUGCAUUGAAGCCAGUGCGAGAAACGGCCAAAUCUUCUCUGUCCACCUUGCUCGGUGACAUCAGGUCCAAGAUGAACCAGAUGCUGCAACUUCCAGGAGAUGGUGGUCCACUCCCGUUGACAACAGAUGUCAUGGCCAGACUGCAACUCAUGACGGCAUAUCUCUCACCUCUGAGCAGCAUCAUGCGCAGCAUAGGCAAUGGUGGAUGGAAUCGGCCUAACGAUGCAGCAUCAACCAAUUCCGUGCCAACACUGUCCUCGUUCGAUGUCGGUGCUGAUGGCAAGCAGCUUUUUGCUCACUAUUGCACAGACAGCAUCGAAACACUCCUUUCAAGCUUGGAAUCGAAGGCCAGGCAGCUGCAGAAAGGCAAGAGCUUGCAGGGAAUCUUCCUCGCGAACAACAUUGCCAUCAUUGAGCGCAUGAUCCGACAAUCUGAGCUGCAGACCCUGCUCGGCGGGGCGCAACCGAAAGUGGACGGCUGGAAGAAGAAGGCCACGAACUUGUACUUGGACGCCUGGAAGAACGAAGUCAGCCCAUUCUUGCUCGAUGUGCAGUACACCAGCAAACAAAUGCGCCCACCAUCGACAGGCCAGGCAGUUGAUUCGGCAACCAUCCUCAAAACGCUAUCGAGCAAGGACAAGGACGCAAUCAAAGAGAAGUUCAAGAACUUCAAUACUGCAUUUGACGACCUCCUGGCCAGACACAAAUCUUUCAAGAUGGAGCCAGAGGUCCGCGGUCUGCUUGGUCGCGAGGUACAAAAGUUCAUGGAGCCUCUGUAUGCUCGGUUCUGGGAACGAUACCACGAGGUUGACAAGGGAAAAGGAAAGUACGUCAAGUACGACAAGGGCCAACUCAGCAGCAUGCUGGCUUCUCUGAGCUAG